GUGACCUGCCGCAGUGCAGGCGGUCCCUCUCACGGCCCCUGAGAAUCCCACACACAUCCGAUACUGCUGCCCCGAUAAGGGCUCCGUUAAAACGCCGCCCAGCACACCGUCCGCACUGCAGUCUUGUGAAGCGUUACCGAGGUUCAUUUGUUUGUCGAGUUUCGCGAUGCAGUUCGCUGUUCUGUUCUCGAUGGUGGCUGCGGCCUCGGCUGCCCAGUACCCCCUGCACGCCUCCUGCAAGGCCGACUGGACGUUCGGCGUGACCUGCGAGGAGGCGAAGCAGGCCAUCAUUGACCAGAUGAACGCCUGGUCCGGCCCCGAGGGCUGUGCUGACGGCGGAGAAAAGUGCCUGUAUGAGGUGCUGACGACCGAUGGUAACGUCGUGACGGGCACCCACACGACCCCUUCUGCCGGCUACGUGGACGACCUCGAGUUCACCUUCACUGAUGGAGGCGACGGCACCUGCGCCAUGCACGGCUACUCUAGGUCGGAGACGUUUUACGCUUACCUGGACUCGAGCACCAACUACUGCAACAUGAAGAACCUCAUCACCGACUCUGGUCUGGACCAGUCCGAGUCCUUCAGCGAGGUCACCAACGACGACAUCUGCACCCAGUACUCGUCUGCCAACUGCGACGUCUACUAGGGGAAUGAAUUGACGUCGCCUUUGUCAGAUCACUGACUGAUUUUUGUUAAAUUAUUAGGUACUGAACGAUAGAUACCUCUGAUAAUGUUCUGCUCAAUAAAUGUGUUUAAAUAUG